AUGGUUUCGUCCGGGAUCGAACCGGAGACCUUGAUUUCCAUCAUCGAAUCUUCGGCACUUGGCCCCGCCACCGGCCACGCCACUGGCCCUGCCCAGAAUGCCUUGCUCGCCACAGGCGCGACCCAAGAUGUCUCGCUUGCCACCUUCUCAGGCACUUUGCGGGGCUGGCCGCACCGAUGCCGGUGGUAUCGGCUGCUCAAGCCCGAAGAGUGUUUCUCUGGCGGGCUGGAGUUCCCUCCCAUGGGAUCGAGAGUCGCGGUGACGGCUGCGGUGACGGCUGCAGCGACGGCUGCAGCGACGGCUUGCCAGGGCCCGUCAGAGACACCAAGGCAAAAGCCUUAUAUAUAUGCACCCGCUAUGGACUCCACUGACUCCAUUGACUCCAUCGACUCCAUUGACUCCAUUGACCCCAUCGACCCCAUCGACCCCAUUGACUCCACCACGAAAUGUGACCCCGAGGCUCUCACCUGUUUCCGCUUGCUGCCAGUGCCAAGCUCUGCUAUCACACCCAGCCAAGCUCUGUCACCACUCCGAGCCAAGCUCCUCUGUUACCACACCCAGCCAAUCCAUACCAAGCCAUACCAAGCCAUGCCAAGCCAUACCAAGCCAUACCAAGCCAUACCAAGCCAUACCAAGCCAGGCCGCCCGCUGAAAGAUCACGCUCCUUUCGCCGCGGAUGCACAACUAUCCCAGGGGCCAUGUGGGCAUGGACUGAUCCUGGACUCGAUCUGA